GAAGAUGACUAUGUCUGUGAGGCAUGCAUAGAUCUUGCCAUGGCUACAGUUAAUCAUAAUUUACCUAGUGAAGUUUCUGGCGGUGUUGAAGCUGGAACAAGUACAAGAGGACAUACAAAUGUCUGUCUUUUAUGUGGCUGUUCAAUAUUGCAACGACAAAGUGAUAUUGUGUUAAGAGAAAACCCUACUGAAAUGCAAUAAUCUAUAUAUAACAUUAUAGAAAGCAGAGUAGCACCAAGACAGAUCUCGUCAGUAGAUCGUAUAUGUCAUGCUUGUUGGAUGCGAACUAAAAGAGAGGUUAUUCGUAUGAAUCGUCAAGAUGAAAAUAGGCCUCUACGAGACCUAACAAAUGUUGAUGUACAACAAGAUGAAACUCAGCCAAAUGAAGCCGCACCUGCUGAGCCCACACAGCUGGAACCAUCAGUUAGAACCCAUCAAAUAAUUUUACCACACUAAAGACGAGCUGCCAAUUCUACACACAAUUGUGUUUUUCCAAAUUGUAGCAGUACUACAUUCCAUAACAUAUCAGAUAAAUUAUGAGCCACUGUAUUACAUAAUCACCAUUACUAUUUGCCAAAACUGUCUCGAAUAUGUAGUGAACAUUUAACAAAUAAUUCCUGGGUUACAUUGUUCACAUCAGACAACAGUAUAGAAACAUUUACUGUAGAACAAAUUCAACAUGUGUUUUCAUUUGUUAACACAUUCAGUCCAACCCUUGACUUUGAUGAUAUCCAGAAUAUGGAUAAUUCAAUAUGUUAAUUGAAGAAGUACCACGAAUCUCCCAACUGCACAGAGGAGUCUUAGGCACAGCUGCACUUUUACUCAAAAUGAGAACUGGAGACUCAGAUGAGAGGAUUGCCACAUUAUAACAAGUACCAAGGCGAACAUUGGAAGGUAUGAUGGACAAGGUGAGGGAGAUUUUGUGCCAAGAUUUUGUAACAAGACACCUUGGCAUUAACCACAUAACUCAUGAAGAAUUGUUGGAACAUAACCUAACCAUUCCUAAUAGACUUUUUGGAGGUGAAAAUAUUGCAAUUGUCAUAUGUGAUGGAACAUAUAUAUAUUUUAAUAAAAGCUCUAACUAUAUGUUCCAAAAGGAUUCAUAUUCAUUGCACAAAUACAGAAAUCUGGUAAAACCAUUUUUAAUUGUUGCUUGUGAUGGAUAUAUUGUUGAUUGUUUUGGCCCAUACAAAGCAACUACAUCAGAUGCUGUAAUUAUGAAUAAUUUAUUUUAUGAUGAAAAUUCUGCUCUAAGGUUGUAUUUUAGAAGUGGUGAUGCUUUUAUCUUAGAUAGAGGAUUCAGAGAUAGCAUCAGUUUAUUAGAAAACUGUGGCUAUAGAGCAUUUAUGCCAGAAUCACUGUUAGAAGGUGAACACCAGUUGACAACAGCUCAAGCCAAUCAAAGUCGUUGUGUUACCAUUUGCAGGUGGGUGGUGGAAGUGGUCAAUGGAUAUUUCAAAAGAGACUAUAAAAUUCUAAGACAAGAAUAUUUCAAUAGAUCACUUCCUCACAUGAUGCAAAACUUUGAAAUAGCUGCUGCUUUAUUAAAUAGGUUUGGUGUUUGCCUUAAAGAUAAUAUAAAUGCCAGACAAAUAUUGGAAAUAGUGAGAGAGAAAAUUAAUUUAGAAAAUAAUCUGGCAAACAUGGUUGAGGCUCACAACAUGAAUAGAAGAACAGUCAAUUUUCAAAAUAUAACGGCUGACAGAAACAAUGUUUACUUUCCCAUGUUAGAAUAUAAUGAUUUAAUUUUAUUUGCUCUGGGAACAUAUCAAAUAAGACAAGCUCGCUCUAAUUAUGGGGAGAAUGUACGUUUCCAUGGUGGAUACAGAAUUGAGGUGUGCAGUGAGCGUCUAGAUUCCUCUGGACACAACCUUAGAGGCAGUGGUGAUACAAUAUUAAUAAGAGGUAAAAUAAAGUCGCGCCAUGUUUCCAGAAGACAAUAUUAUGUCUAUAUUUUAAUUGAAACAAAUCUGGCUGGAUGAGCAGGAAUAGUAGAAUAUUGCUGUAGUUGCUUAGUUGGUAGACGGACCGUGGGCUGUUGUGCGCAUACUAUGACACUUGUUUGGUAUCUUGGUUGGGCCAGACAUCAACAAAAUAUUACAGCACCUGCAGAAUUUCUUGAUGAUAUUGUGAUAAGAGAAGAUGAAGACUAAAAAAAUAUUAUUAUAUUUUUAACAAGUUUUGUAACAAGUUGUUUUUUUUUAUAGGUGGUAAA